AUGCGUUUCACUUCCACUACUGUUGCUAUCCUGGCCCAGACCGCUGCAGUCUUCGCUGCUCCUGCUCCGGGUCAGCAGUCUGCCAGCGCGAGCACGACAACUGCUGCUGCUGCGGCCGCUACUACUUCUGCCGGCCUAAGCUUAACACAGCAACUCUUCAUUGCUGAUACUGCCGCCGACCGCUUCAAGCUUCUCCCUAAGGAUGAGCAAUUCGUCUUCGACUUCAACACGCCACAGGCCAACCCCGGCAAGGGUGGUGAGCUCGUGGCUGCCAACCGCAAGACAUUCCCUGCUCUUGUCAGCACUGGAGCCGGCAUGGCUGUUGGUCGCGUCAAGCCAUGUGGCAUGAACACUCUCCAUGUGCACCCUCGGUCCGCGGAGCUACAGAUUGUCGUCGAAGGCAAGCUGGUCACGGAGAUGACCCCCGAAAACGGCGUACUCGAUGCUGAUGGCAAGCGCCGAGUUAUCACGACCACCAUCAACCCCUUCCAGAUGACCCCCUUCUACCAGGGUUCGGUCCACACUCAGUUCAACCCCGACUGCAAGGAUGCCGUCUUCGUCGCUGCCUUUGCUUCUGAGGACUUUGGUACCGGCCAGAUUGCCGAUGAGACCUUUGCCUUUACCGAUGACGUCCUUCAGGCAACUUUCGGCCAGAGCAUUGACGGAGCUGACAUCGACAAGAUCCGCUCUGCCAUCCCCGCCAGCAUCGCUCUAGGUGUUGAGGAGUGCCUGACAAAGUGCGGUAUCCAGAAGCGAUCCCUGUAA